UUUCCCCUUCAUCUUUUUUGCCAUUCUGAAUCUUUGCGGCGGUCCCAUUUAGUGAGGGGUGGUCAAAUGCUCAACCUAAUGCACUCGGGCCCUUUUAGACCCAAUGUCGGGUUAGCUAUUUUAUCCAAUUUAGAUAUUUUGUUGUUGUUUUUUUUUUGAGCCGUCAGUUUUAAGAGUGUAAAUCAAGCCCCGUAUCCCUCGAAUCAUUUCACAACAACAACAUAUUUAACCAAGAUAAAGUGUUUGCUGGUCUGCUAAGCAAAGUCCAAGUGUACCAGUAGUUAAACUUGGCAAGCUUGGAUGCUUCCUUCCAGCCCAUCAUACUCGACAACUUUGAAACAUCCGAAUUGUGGCACAUGAGCGGAUAGCCGAACAGGGGAGAGAAAGGGCAAGCGAGUGCUGUUGAGCGGCGACUUGCAUGAGCGGCACCACUGCCUUCACUCAGAGGGGAAGCUCAUGGACAAGGCUGCCAUCCGAUUCCCCUUCUUCUUCUGCUAUUCAUCCGUCACAAUGAGCGAAAGGUGACGUGUAAGCACCCCGUAUCAGGAGCCCCCUCCCAGGACAACUGUAUCUUUGUCGUGAAUGAACAUGUGAAAUACGGAAAGCUUGUCCAUCCCGACAAGCCCCUAGAGUCUGAGACCAGGACAGCUCCAAAGCCAGAGCAGGAAAAUAGCGGCAGUAAAAAGGAACGUCCCAUGAGCACCAUGAGCGAGGCGUCCAACUACACCGGCGGCUCAGACAACAGCAACUUCACCGGGAGCCCUGCCGCCACGUUGACUCACUCCUCUUCCUUCACGCGGCCCUCGAGGUCUUCCAAAAAAGUUCACAACUUUGGCAAGAGGUCCAACUCUAUCAAAAGAAACAUCAACGCCCCGGUGGUCAAAAGCAGCUGGCUUUACAAACAGGACAGUACAGGCAUGAAGCUAUGGAAGAAGAGGUGGUUUGUUCUGUCGGACAUGUGCCUUUUCUACUACCGUGACGAAAAAGAAGACAGCAUCCUGGGUAGUAUCCUGCUCCCGAGCUUUCACAUCUCCAUGCUGUCAGUGGAUGACCACAUCAGCAGAAAAUAUGCCUUUAAGGCCACUCACCCCAAUAUGAGGACGUACUAUUUCUGCACCGAUACAGCCAAAGAAAUGGAGUCCUGGAUGAAAGUCAUGACAGACGCCGCCCUCGUCCACGGUGGAGCUGUCAAAAACUCAGCGGGGAAAUGCCCGCAGAUAGACAUGUUGGACACGUUGAAAGUUGAUCAGCCGGCACCUCAGGAGUUGAACAACGUCUUGAACAACCGAGUCUUCAGCCGACCAGAGAUCCAGAACAACGAACGGAAUCGCGUGCCAGCACGUCAACACUCCUUAUCUCGAAGUGACGAGAAACGGCUGAAAGAUGCGGACAAACUGCACGGCGAGAAGGAGCGCGAGUACUACACCUUGCAGAAAGAGGGCGGGCGAUAUUGCCUGAAGCAAGACUGCGUGAGCUACAUGCUGCAAAAGGACGGCGAGAAGUAUCUCCUGCACAAGGGCGGCGAGAAGUACAUGCUGCAAAAGGACGGCGAAAAGUAUUCCAUUCACAAGGACGCGGACAAGUGCUCCGGUCGGAAAGCGGAUGACAAUUACAGAGUGACGGCAACAGAAGGAAAACUCGCUCCGGCUAAACUCGGUGAUAAAUGCUUAUUGUCGAAGGACGAUGACAUGUUUCUCCUGCAAAAAAUGGGGCUUCCGUCCACCCUCGUGAAAGAGACGCCGAAAUACAUCCCUCAAAGGGAAGUGAGGAGGCAGCUUUCGUUAAAGGAGACACAGAGCGGGACAUACGGAACGUUGCAAAUUGUGGACAAAUAUCACACGUUGAAGGACGUUCGCAAGUACAGCACGCUCAGAGAAGAGGAUAGAUAUGCUACUCUAAGAGAUUUGGAAAAGUAUGCGACGCUCUGUCAUGGGGAUAAACGCCGCUUCCAGCACGAUCCCGGCGUGGACGCGUCUCACGGCAAAAUAAGCAACAUCAAAUUGCAGCCGGCCCAGGCGGCCGCCAUCGCAGCAGCCGUGUCGGCUUCCCGCCAGGGCCAGACUGCGCUCACGCUGCCAAAACCCGCACAGGUAAACGGCUCGGGCUCAGUAGACCACACGGGCGACUGCGGCUUGCCGGCAGAAAACGAAAUGCAGGCAAGGCUUCCGGCUACUCCGUCUCAGGAAUUAGAUAGAGGGUUGUCCAGAACCAAUUCCACCCAGCGGUUGGAUCACAUGACUCGCAGAACUCGGACAGAAGAGGACAGAAGUGUUUCAUCCUACCAGACGUUACCCCGCAACAUGCCCAGCCACCACCCCCAGCUUGUACCCAGAUACCCAGAGGGCUACCGCACGCUGCCCCGGAACAGCAUGAUGAGGCCCGACAGCAUCUGCUGCGUCGCGGGUUCGGCGUACGAUCGUGCCCUUCGACCUGCCUCGACCGGCACGGUCACCACAGCGGAGAAGAGGAGGUCGAUGAGGGACGACACCAUGUGGCAGCUCUACGAGUGGCAGCAGAGGCAGGCCUCCUCCAGGCAAAGUCUGGCUCAACCAACAGGUCAUUACGGCACCCUUCCCAGUACCAAGACAAUGGGCAACAUAUCAGAACACACCGCAGUACACUCCAUCCCCACCUCGCCAUCCCACGGGACGUUAGCCCUCUACAACACUCUGCCACCUCCCUGCAAGCAAGGCAUUUCCAACGCCGGCAACUCCCACGCCGAAAUCACGUCGCCAAUCGUAAGAGAAGAUGGGACGCUUGAUCGUCUGCACAGGACACACCCUGCCAAGUUAAGAAGCACACUUGAUCGCCGUCCUGUGGCAGCCGGGGUUCCUUCUCAGCCCAUUACAUCGCAGUCGCUGCAAGGCAAAACGCCUGAGGAACUGACACUGAUGCUCAUCAAGCUCCGCCGGCAGCAGGCUGAGCUCAACAGCUUGCGGGAGCACACGUUAUCCCAGCUAAUGGCCCUGGGAAUAGAGGGGCCCAACCCCAAGACUGAUGUUCUGUCUCAUCAUCUUCAGAGGAACCUUGUUUACCUGGAAAACCAGAAAAAGGAGAACGAGCCCCUUAUCUUCAUGAUUCACACUAUGAUCGAGAACUCGGCACCACGGCCGCAACUCUACCAGCAAAUCACCCCAGAUGAGUACAAAGACUCCUCUACCAUCCAACCCAGCGAUGACGUUGAUACCAAGUUGAGCAGAUUUUGUGAGCAGGACAAGCUAGUGAGGAUGCAAGAGGAAAAACUACAGCAACUUCACCGAGAGAAGCACACUCUGGAGACAGCGUUGCUCUCUGCCAGUCAGGAGUUAAGCGACCAGAGUGAUCCCAGCACCACAGCCACACAAAGUUUGGUCCAGCAGAGGGACGUGCUCCAAAAUGGCUUGCUUAGCACCUGCAGAGAACUUUCCAGAGUCAAUACGGAGCUGGAGCGCUCGUGGAGGGAGUAUGACAGGUUGGAGGGAGACGUGACUCUGGCAAAGUCCAACUUACUGGAGCAGCUGGAAGCCUUGGGCAGCCCACAGACUGAGCCUCCCAGCCAGCGGCACAUUGAGAUCCAGAAGGAACUGUGGCGGAUUCAGGAUGUGAUGGAGGCACUGAGUAAAAAUAAGCCGCAGCGCAGCAUCGACGGUUGUACUGAUUCCAAGCCACUCUCCAGCCAGCAAAAGAAUGAGGCAGCGACAUUGUUGCCACUCAGUCCCAUCAAGACGGGAACGGGCGUCCCCCCCCGUCCACCUCUUCCACAGUACUACUAUUCCUCCGAGCACCCCCCUCACAUGCCCUCCCACCAUCCAAACUCCAGCAGCCGCCUGCCUCCUUACACACAACGUCCCGAGGACCGCAAAGCCGGCUCGCGUAAUGGCGCGCACAGUCAAGGUCCGGACUAUCGGUUGUACAAGAGCGAACCCGAGCUGACCACCGUCAAAGAGGAAAUGGACGAAGUCAACGGUGAGGACAAGGACAAGAAUGACGUGACUGCUGAGAAUAUCGAUACCGUCGCCACCAAAGGUACUGAAAAACCCGCCGAGACAUUUUUAUACUUCUAUGAAACUUCGAAUUCAUAUGCAGUACCCCUCUACCCAGUGGGCGUUGUUCCCCCGAGAAGCAAAUCUCCCAUGAGCCCUCCGGAGUCCACGACGAUUGCCUCCUACGUCACCCUGAGGAAGACCAAAAAGCCUGAAUCCAGAUCGGAUCGUCCCAGAAGCGCACUCGGAGACCAAUUUGGCUACGUCGAGAGAGAGGUGGGCCGACCCCGAAUGAGUGUGGAGGAGCAGAUGGAGAGGAUGCGGAGACACCAAGAGGCGUCGUCGCAACGAGAGAAGAGGAGAGAAGCCCUCUCCCGCUCGCAUUCAUUUAGCAAGGAUGAGCCCUUUGCGAUGCCGCCGGAGGUGCGGGAAGACGCGUGGCGCCACAGGGAAACGGCCCCGCAGAGCGGACACUUAGUGCAAACUGAGACCAACGACACAGGAGAUGAGCUGUGUGAGAGGCAGACGGCAGUGUUUUUGGACCAGCACGCUGAGACCCAGCACGUGGAGAUAGUCGGCCUCCACUCCUUUGAGGAGGACAAAAGCAGAGACGAUAUGAGCAGCUCGCCAACAAAUAUCACCUCUGAAAACAGCUUCCAGAGUCCUGAUCCAGAGACGCCAAGCCCCGAGCCAAAAGAAGGUGAGGUCGAUGUGCUCCAACAAAAUGCCCGGGAGGGCAGCCUGGAGAACCACUUAGAAUCCUACAGCCAGCUCCCAGCAAAUGACAAGAAAAACAACAACAACUUGUUGGGUUCACAAAUAUUCAGUCUGGUGAGCAACGACACGUGAGCAUCGAAGCUGGACGUCGGCGACGGCGUCCCGUCAAGCCCCCCCCAAAUGUAGCAAGUUGCAAAAAGCAUGCUCCCCGGCUUCCUGCAUUUACCACACGACGACUGUGACACGACAAAGGAGAUGAAAACAGGGCCAUAAGCAGAGUUGCAGAGGCAGAGACAUUAGGUGUACAUGUCCUGAUCCCAAAGGUUUUCUACAAUUAAAAAAAAAAAGAUUAUAUAUAUAUUAGUGCUACGUUAUCCCCUUACCCUUUAUUCAUGCUGCUCAAAGAAAAGUUGCCAUGGCAGAAGCCUGACAUCUGACAUUUUGUCUUAAGACUGUGAACUAGAAAUAAUAAUGAAAGUCAAUGCGUUUGAUGUAAAAAAAAAGUGUAACAGAACAACGACACAAAAAAACAGUUUGACUGAAGAAGUAUUAGAUUGACAGUCAAUUUGCAAACAUCACAUUAAACUGACCGUAAUAUUGGUAUUAAACCUAAAAUCUAAUAUAAUUAUAUAAUUGACAUUAUACAGGCUUGGUGGGAGGUGGGCGGGGGGUGUAGUUGAUGAUGUUGAAGUGUACAGAUGUAUAUAGUGGAGCAUUUGAAGUCUUCUUGUGAAUGGCAUCGCACGACAACACAUCCAGUGCUUUAUUUCAAAUCCAAAGUGACCACUACUGGGUUCUGUUUGAACUUACUAUAAUUUUCAUCGAUCUGGAUUGAUUCGACAGGGUCGUCGUUUCCAGUCACAUUUGGAAGGGGAGGGGGAAAAUAAAAAGGAAAUGGUGAAUGUGUCUGUUCGAGCUGGUGGAGAAUCACGGAAUAGCACAUCUACGAAGCAAUAAGUGGGACUUGAGAACACAAAAGAAAUGAAAGCGAUGUAAAAUCUGUACAUAUGAAAAUAAUUUAUGUACACAUUCAAACGAAAGAGCAAAUAUAUUAGAGAAAUUGUUAUUAAUGUUAUUAGGUCCUAUAUGCAAAAAGCUAAAGUUCAUACCCCAUGUGUUUUAUAUUGUGUAAUAAAUGUUCAUGUUCAUACAAACUUGA